AUGCGUCGGCUCAAUUGCGACUGUGCCAAAAUCACUCGACUCUCGGUGCCCCGGGCGUACAUUCUCGAUAAUUACCACCGGGAGCUCGGCGACAGCAACGAACUGUUCGGCGGCGGAGGUGGCCGCAACCGGGCCGUGUACCGGUACGAGGAAGUCGGAGGCAGUGUGAACCGACCGCCGCCACCGCCUUCGAGGGAUCCGGACGGAAGACGUCACAACGAGCAUCUGAUACUGGACUGCGAGUACGAGAUCGAUCCGGACGAGAAGGGAUUCGUGCUCAAAUGGCUGUACAACGGGAGACCCAUCUAUCAGUGGAUUCCGCCGGUGCGUUCCCCGCACGGAUUCAAGGCCACCGGUCAGCACAUCAAUCUGACGUACAGCAUCAGCGACGAACCGAUGCACAAACAUCGGGCCCUGGCCUUGAUUAGGCCGUUGAAGAACUUUACCGGCGAAUACACGUGCUCGGUUUCGACCUUCCAUAGUGAGGAAAUGCAGUCCGCGCGGAUGGUGAUGAUUGUUCCGGAAACCAACUUCGUGCUGCGCUACUACAGCAGCAACAUCAGCAACCUGGUGACGGUCAUCUGCAGCGUGUACGGAAUCUUCCCGGCACCGGAGCUGUCGCUGUGGAUCAACGAAUACCGGCUGGAGAAUGCCACCGAAAAUCUUCUCCUGACCCAGUCGGACCUAUACGACAGCUCCAUUCGCAUCCAACUGGUCCUGUAUGAACGGAUCCAGCAGGACGACGUCAUCAAAUGCACCCUAGGUGUGAAAGACACCGAGUACAGCAAAACCAAGGAAACUGUAUUCAUCGAUGUAAACAGUGAUCCGGUAAUGGAGCACAACUCCGUCUUUGACCCCGUCAGCUCAACCACCCGAGAACCAACGAGUUCGACAGCCGAAAGCAAUUCAAGCUCAAGCACAAGUUCGACUGCACCCAGUUCAACUACAAACUACGAUUCGCCGACAACGCCGCCUCCGUCGCCGUCUUCAUCCUCUUCCUCCUCCUCCUCCAGCACAUCAACCAGUAGACUGUCCAACGAAGUCUACAAGGAAGCCGACGCAGUCAAGCAUCCUUCGAUGGUGACGGUGGUGGCGCCAACGGCCCGAGUAGUUCAUCACCACUUUGCCCCUUCUCUGCAACCGGCGGUCGUUCGGUUGAAACCGACGCCUCCGCGAAUCUUCACGGCCGGUGAACAACCCAGUGGCCUGGAUUCCGAUGAAGUGACCAAUGUCGUCAACUUCAAGGAAGUCUUUAAUGAGAACAUGCUCUACAGCAGCGGUGGCAGCAGCAGCAGCAGAGCCCACCCACCCGGCGGCGGUGGCGGAAGAGCCUGGUGCUGGUGGAUGCUGCUGCGGCUAACCGCCACGUUCGUCCUGACAUUGGCGCUGACGACGAUGACGCUGCGGAGCACCAGCAGCCGGCUGUAA